AUGCCAGUGUCUUCGGACUCCAUCCCAUCCCUGAGUCCAGGGGUGUCCCGGAGUUUGUCACGGCUCGGGGAACAGCGAGCCCGGACCCAGCUGCUCCUGGCCCUGGGGGUGACUCAAAUCGCACUGGGCUCAAUGAUUGUAGCUGUCAGCUUUGCUGCUCUGGCCAUCACCAACUCUGCGAAGAUCAGGCAUUCGUGUCCGUUCUGGGCUGGAUUCUCAGUGCUGCUGGCUGGGCUCAUUGGAGUCAUUUCUUGGAAACGGCCCCUCUCCCUCGUGGUGACCUUUUUCACUCUACUCUCAGUUGUCUGCGUGAUGCUUAGUCUAGCUGGUUCCAUCCUGUCCUGUCAGAAUGCUCAGACAGUGAAGUCACUGGAGGCCUGUCAGAUGAUUGGUUUUGACCGAGAGGGUCUGUGCAUGUGCUGUGAUCGGGAGACGCAGCGGGACCGUCCCAAACUGUGUGGGGCACUCGGCGAGCUGCUCAAACUGCAUCAUUUCCAGGACUGUCGGACAGUUCGGAUGGCACUGCGGGUAAGAGGGACCGGGGCAUCAGGAAAUUGCUACAGUCAUUAA